AUGACGGAGGUCACGAGCUUGUUUAGUGUGGACUUGAGCGCGGGAAACGGGGGUGAGUUAACCGUCACUUGGUUUUCGCCUGCUUCUCGCAAGAAAUGCCGUCGGUCGAAGUACGGGAGGGGCGUAUGGUCGCAAGAGUUCUUGAAGGAGGGCAAUAAACUCACAGCGGAUCAGGGCACGGAGUCGGUGGAAGCUGUAUGUUUCACUUUCCCUUCCUUGCUGCAGAGUGGGAAGCUGCCAAGUGCGGUGUGGGACGCGGUUGAAGAGAGCGUACCCACCUCCUCUCUCGAGGAAAGUGAUUCCGAUGUAGAAGAAGAGCAGGGGGGGGAGUGGGCGGCGGGUGACCCGGGGGGGGAGCGUUCAGCUAUUGUUCAGCCUCCCACUGCCCCACCGCCCGAGAGGGCCACCACCCCGAUCCCUAACCCUCGCAGCAGUGCUACGCCAGCACUUCGACCUCCUCCAGCGCCAGGCGUGCUGUUGACGGCUGCACAUUUUAGACCGCGUAGGGGGCAAGAGAGGACGGAGUAG